UGAAAAGCUUUGGUUUCUGCCAUUAGUCGGUCAGAUCUCCCCGGUACCUCACCUCUCAAUUUGUAGACACUGAUGGACAAAAGAUGACAGCAAAGCACACCAUGAAAGGAUUAAAGUUCAUUACUAGAACUUUAAACCAUGACAAGAUCAUCAAGUCCUUUCAGGAUAAGCGACAGUAUCGAGGUCUUGAGUUGACAAAUGGUCUCAAAAUUAUGGUCAUCAGUGAUCCAGAUACGGAAAAGUCUUCAGCAGCCAUUGAUGUCCACAUAGGUGCCAUGUCAGAUCCCUGGGAGGUUCAAGGCCUCGCUCAUUUCUGUGAACACAUGUUGUUUUUAGGCUCAAAGAAGUAUGAAAGUGAGAAUGAGUAUGAUAAGUUUCUGAAUGAGCAUGGGGGCCUUUGCAAUGCUUCAACUGGACCUGAACACACUACCUACUAUUUUGAUGUGGCACCAGACUCCCUGUAUGGUGCCCUGGACAGACUCAGCCAGUUUUUCCUCUGCCCAUUGUUUACGGCCUCUGCUGUAGAGAGGGAAGUCAAUGCAGUGAACUCGGAGAAUGACAAAAAUAUCCCCAUGGAUAGUCGUCGAUUACGUCUUUUAGAUAGAUCCUUAUCUAAACCUGGUCAUGACUGGGGCAAAUUUUCAUGUGGAAACAAGGACACAUUAGGAACCAUUCCUACGUCUCAUGGUAUCAACAUCCGUGAAGCUCUGCUGGAAUUCCAUGCUAAGCAUUACUCGUCCAAUAUUCUGUCUGUAUGCGUGUUGGGGAAAGAAUCACUAGAUGAAUUGUCAGAAAUGGUUGUGCCAAUGUUUGCUGAGGUGGAGAAUAAAUCUGUCCAGGUUCCUAAAUGGACUGACCACCCCUAUGGGCCUGACCAGUUAAAGACAAUAUGUUAUGCAGUUCCUGUAAAAGAGAUGAGAAGUCUGAACUUGAUGUGGGCCAUACCUGACCUACAGGAUUUCUACACGGCUAAGCCUGGGAACUACAUCUCUCAUUUGAUUGGCCAUGAGGCUAAGGGAAGUCUCCUGUCAGAACUGAAAUCCAAAGGUUGGGCUAAUUCCUUAAGCUGUGGCAGCAGUUUGGGUGCUAAAGGUUUCAGAAUCCUGACUGUUAACAUACAGUUUACUGAGGAUGGUCUGGGUCACAUUGAUGACAUGGUCAUGCUUACAUAUCAGUACAUUGCUAUGCUGAAGAGUCAGGAACCUCAAGAAUGGAUUUUUAGGGAGUACCAGAAUAUUCGGGCCAUGAAAUUUCGGUUUAAGGAUAAAGAAGAAAGUAGAAACUAUACACCAUCUGUGUGUAGGUCAAUGCAGAUAUACCCUAUGGAGGACACACUGAGUGGUGGGUACCUGAUGUCAGAGUUCCGACCAGACCUUAUCACCUCAAUACUAGACAAACUGGUACCAACCAAUAUGAGAAUCCGAGUGGCAGCUAAGACAUAUGAUAGUAUAGCAGACCAAACAGAGCCUUUAUAUGGUACCAAAUAUAUGUUAGAGAAAAUUCCUGAAGAAAAACUACAAGCUUGGGGAUGCUGUGGUUUUCAUGAAAACCUAAGACUACCUGCUGUCAAUGAAUUCAUACCAGAAUCAUUUGAUAUUGUUCCAAGAGAAGUUCAGUCCAGUACAGUGCCACAACUUGUGAGGGAUAGUGACUUGUGUCGACUGUGGUUCCAUCAAGACAACACAUUCCUUCAACCUAAAGCAUCUGUUAAAUAUGAACUGAACAACCCUCUGACCUAUCUUACACCUGCCAACCAUGUUCUGACCAAGCUAUUUGUGAUGCUGUUCAAAGAUGCUCUCAAUGAGUAUUCCUAUGAUGCUGAGUUAGCUGGUCUUCACUAUGAUCUCUCCGCUACCAAAUAUGGCAUAACAUUGUCUAUCAGUGGGUACAAUGAUAAACAGCAUGUCCUCCUAAAGAAGAUCAUGGACAGACUUACCCAGUUUUCUGUUGACCCAGACCAGUUUGGCAUCAUCAAGGAGAAGUUGGAGAGGAUUUAUAAGAACUUCAGAGCAGAACAGCCCAGUAGUCAGGUUUCUUCCUAUACCUCAGAACUCAUGUCUGAAGUACAGUGGACCCAUGAGGAAAAACUUCAGGCUCUACAAGGUAUUACAAUAAAUAUGCUAGAAGAUUUUGUCCCAGAGGUGCUCAAGACACUUUACAUAGAGGGCCUUAUCACAGGCAAUGUCACAAAACAGGAUGUGUUAGCCAUGACAGAGAUGGUUGAGAAUGUGCUUCAGUCUCAGAGUGGGACACGUCCACUCCCAGUUAGUCAGAGAAUGAGGUUCCGAGAACACAAGUUACCACAGGGUAGUUACUAUUUGUAUGAGCGUACAAAUGAGAUCCAGAAGAGUUCCUGUACCCUGAUAUACCUUCAGUGUGGGCCAGAGGACACUGCCUCUAAUGUAUUACUGGAGCUUCUCUCUCAAUCUCUCAAGGAGGCGUGCUUCACCACUCUUAGGACAAAGGAACAAUUAGGUUACACUGUGCGAAGUGGACCUUUACGCAGCAGUGGUGUCCAAGGAUAUCGUAUCCUUGUACAGUCUGGCAAAUCACCGAAGUACGUUGAGGGACGGAUAGAAGCUUUCCUCUCCUGUAUGGAUGAGCAGUUAAAGACGAUGACAGAAGAAGAAUUCCAGAAACAUGUUGCUGCUAUGACAGUCAAACGCCUUGAUAAACCAAAAAACAUCCGUGAACAGAACCAGUAUUUCUGGUUUGAAGUGAAAAAUCACACAUAUAAUUUUGAUCGAGAUAGCAUUGAGGUUGCACACCUGAAGACGUUAGAGAGAAAGGAUCUUUACCAGUUCUUCAAGGAGCAUAUUGCUUUGGAUGCAUACAAGCGACAAAAGCUGGCUAUUCACGUUGCUUCAACAUUGGGAAACUGUGACACUAAAGAAGAGAUAACCUCAGAUCUGGAAAAGAAGGAUUCAGAUGUUACACCUUCCCAAAAUCUGCCACAGCCUGUGUAUGUAACUGAUGUGUCAGCAUUCAAGGAAAAUUUGGGGCUGUACCCUCUACCAGAACCUUACAACAAUCUAGGCAGGGUGAAGUCUUUCCUUUAAAACACCAGUCUUUGUUGUACAGUAAAGUACAUUAUUCAUCAGGAAAAGUUUUUGUACUUGCUAAUACAAUAAAGUGCAUUCCACAGUUCAUGUAUCUGACAAUACGACAUUGAUGGACACUUACCUGGACACAAGAUCAUCCAUGUGUGAAGAUCAUUAAGGUGUGAAGAUCAUCCAGGUGUGCUUUAGAUAUACAGAAGACCCACUUAGCUCAGUAAUAUAUAAUCCUAAUGAUUCCUGGCUAUAGAUGGUAAUUUGUUACCUGAGGUUAGUUAAACAUGUGUUUUCUAUUUCUAUAUUUGAAUCAGUGUAAGAAUAUUUGUUAUUGUUUUACUGUUGUUAAGGAUCUUUAACUAUGCAAGGCUAAUAUGUAGCUACUAAAUGAUCUGGAUUGUUAAUGGUGCAUAUAUUUUUAUUUUUUUAAAACAUCAAAAAUCCUUGCAAUUGUAAGUAUUUGAAAACAUUUGAAAUCUCCCUAAUACUUGUCUGUUCCAUGUGUAUACAAUUUGUAUAUAUGGAAAGUUUCUUGUAAAGAUGUGUUCUGAUAUAUUCACUACGUGUACUAAAUAGGUCAUGUACCCAUCUUUUAACUUAGAUGUGUGUCCAAAUCAGUACAAUUGUAUAGCAUGAAUCGUUCAAUGUGUAUAAACUUUCAUUGCUUUCAUGGUUGCUUUAGAACAACUAAUACACAAAACUGAUAUUUCUAUGACACAAAAGAAUAGAAACAAUAUAAAAUUUAGAUUAAUAGAAAGUCAUAUAAUUUGGAAGCCCUCAAAUCGCAAAAAAGAAAGUAAACAGUCCUGAACAUUUCAUAUUAUACAGGAUUUAGGUAAUGUACCUAUAGUUAAAUUUUUCAGUUCACCUGACCCUUAUGCUGUGGUGCGGCAUCCUGUGACAACUUUUUUCUUUAAACAGCAUCUUCUCAAUAGCUAAGUGACCAAAUGUGAUAUUAUUUGGCUGGUCUGUUCCUAAGAUGAAUCCCAACAAAGUUUGCAAAAAGAAAUAACCUUGACCUGUAAUCAAGGUCACAAGGGUCAAAUUUGUGAAAACAUGUAAAUGUAUUUCUCAUGAACUAAGAGGCCUAGAGGGAUGAUAUUUAGCUGGUAUGUUCCUAGAAUGAAGACCAACAAAGUUUGAUGAAAGAAUGACCUUGGCUUGUAUUCAAGGUUACAGGGUCAAAUUUGUUAGAAUCUUUAAACAACUUCUCAUGAACUAAAAGUCCUAGAGGCAUGAUAUUUGGCUGAUAUAUAUAUAUAUACACCAGGUGAGUGCUGCAUGCCCAUUGAGCCUCUUGUCAUUUAUAUAUGCAUGGCAAAAUAUAUCCACUACUACAUAGGUUAUGUAUCAAAGGAAAGAUCUUUAGGUCAUCUGACCCACUGACCCAAAGAAGCAAUAUCAUGAAGACAGUAGAUAUCACAACAAUGGCAACUUAAUAGAAAAUUUUGCAGGAUUUUUUGGUCCGAGUUCCUUUUGUUAGAACAUAUUUGAAAACAUAAGUGAAAUUUUAACUGAAUUGAAGCAAACAAAUUAAAAUCAACACACAAAACAAAUCAGCCUUGUGAAAUAGUAGCACUACACAUGUAGCGGUCCAGGUUGGCUUAAAAACUGGUUACAUGUAGGCAAUCACUUUUAGCAAAUAUUAAUAGUGAAUGGUAGCCAAACAGCUAGAGAUUUCCAUGCACUACAACAUUCAGAGAUCCAUUACAAAAUUAGUGUGUGCACUAAGAACCAAGAACCAACCUAAAAUUUCAGGAACUUUAGCAACCCCCCCCCCCUCCCCCUCCUACCUGGGCUUUGCCCUGGACCCACUGAAGGCCUGAAGCUCCUUGCCCAUUAUUCUGUGUUUACAUUAUUUUCUUUCAGAUAUGUCCUUGGUAUUGAAACCAUAUACUGUUGAUGUUGGGACCCAUAUCCAUAAUACUACAAUAUAUGAUGUUCUUUAUUUUCCAGGUGUGUUCACUCAUUUUCCAUAUUUUCCAGCUAUAUUUCAAAUUUGCCAGUUGUAUUUCAAAUCCUACAGAUAUAUAUUGACACGAGACAUAUUUGUGUUAUGACUGUGAUAGCUGUUAGAGGUAGCUACAUUUACAGUAAAUUGUGCCGUCCUAGUUUAUUUAUGCUACUUUUAUCAUAUAACAUUAUACAUUAUGUACUUGAGUUUACACUCUACUUUCAUGAUGAUGAAUUCUAUGGAUUGUUUUAUCCAUUUUGAAUUUUAAAAACAAAGAAUUAAAUGGAACUUUCUCCAAAUUAAA